AUGUCGCUCGGCAAGGUGGACGAUGUCUUCUGCGACUCCUCGAGAUCGGUAGAUCGACUCCGACAACACUAUCUAGCCAUGCCGGCAACGCCGUCAACGAUAUCCGGUGGUAGCUCUCCAGGAGCUCGAACGGAACGCCUGCCCAGUCUCAGCGACCUAUUCCAUCGCGAUAUACUAUCUCCACCAAGCAGCAGCAUUCUUCCCUUGAGUUCCGUACGUUCUGAUCGUGAUGGGACCGGCAUGCAGCGUGCUGGAUCCACGUCGUCAACUUGCUCAACACUCAGUCGACUCUGGGUCCCUCCAUUUCAUCAGGAUAGCCGAGCAGGCUCCAUUGGUCCUCCCGCGACACCGCUUACACCGUUCUUCAACACAGCUACACCGCUUGUAUCGCCGACGACUGUGUCACCAGACCGUCAUUCCAUCACGGUACAUGGCUUCAGUGAAGGGGAGAGGACUCCAAAAGCCCUGCAAAGGCCAUCGUUCGACUUCACAGUGCCAUCAAGCGGCAGCGGAAGCUCUCCAGUAUGUCCGGGUGCACCACUUAUUGGAGCGCAAGGCCCAGGACAUUUCGAGAGUCAGGCGGCGCACCAGCAGCAGGGUACAAGCUCAUUGGGCUCCUUUGUGGGUAUCCGAGGUCGAAGCUCCUAUGAAGGAAGACGGGGGAUCCCACUCUCGAAGGAGGAUCUGGAGAGGGAAAGGGCUACAAUGUCUAGACUGGACGCCGAGAUGCCCAAGGCAGCCGGCAUGUGCGGCCUUGGCAUCUACAUGGACGAGAACAACGUUCAGUCACCCUUCCGGACAGGAGCAACGAGAGCAUCUGGGCUCAUUGAGUCGGAAACCACAUCGCCGUCAAGUCGCACUACAGUCGUCAACGAUCACACGGGCCUGACACCGAUGGUCAAAGCAUCGAAAGUGUCCGAUUCGUCGAGCACACCAACACGAUCAAAAGGCAAGAAGUCUCCGGGCACUUCGCAGGACAAGACUUCACCGUCCGCGACAGCUCCAAAGAAAAGGAUCGAAGCGGCAAAGACGCCGCUGAGCAAGUCGAGACCGAUGUUCCGCCUGGACAACGGAUCUAGCAAGAAGUCUUCCAAGCCGAAAGGACACAAGAUGAAUCCGGGCGCAUCUCCCUGGGGCGUGUUCGGGACGAAAGACGGGUGGAAGCCGCUUGCACAGCCGAACGUAUCUCGUGCCAUUGCGGAGGCCAGCAAGUUCGUGUCGGAGACCAGUGCUCUUGCGUCGUCGAGCAAGACGUCGCCGACGGGGAAACGGGAGGCUCUGAGCGCAGAGACUUCGAGCCCGUUGAAGCGCUCUCGAGUGAUUGAAUCUCAGGUGGCAUCUUCAUCUCCUUACAAAGAGAACGUUGCGCCGCCCGCUCGAGCCCUGUCACCGUCCAAGCGGGCACACAUGAUGACUGCUGCGCACCGAGACUCUCCCACAGCAUUGCCGCUUUCCACGAUUCGGUGA